AUGGCUGACUUGAAGUCAGAGAUAGCGCUGAAUGGAGAUGUUGUGGGUGGAAAGACGCAUCUGAACGGCGGGGUUGAGAAGGAGAUGAUGCCCAUCGAUAUGGGGAAGAUGAUGAUGGACGAUGAUGAUGAGCUUAAUGAAGAGGAGGAGGAAGUUGAAAGAGAAGGAUGGGGGAACAAGAUGGACUUCAUCAUGGCGUGUAUUGGUUACGCCGUGGGGUUAGGAAACGUCUGGAGGUUCCCGUACCUUUGCUACAAGAAUGGAGGAGGAGCCUUUUUGAUCCCGUAUUUCAUCUCAUUGGUCAUGUGUGGUGUACCAAUCUUCUUAAUGGAAGUAUCUCUGGGACAGAUGUUACAGACAGGUGGCAUCAGUACAUGGGAUUUAUUCCCAGCAAUAAAAGGUGUUGGUCUGGCCGCCGCCACAAUCGCCGCCAUGCUGAACGUGUACUACAUCAUCAUCGUGUCGUGGUCUCUCUUCUACAUGUUUGUUUCUUUCACGUCCGUAUUGCCGUGGAACGACUGUAAAAAUUACUGGAACAAUGAGUAUUGCAGCGAACUUGAACUUCAGGCAAAUUUGACCAAGGAGGUCAGGCAGGAAUAUUUCCUGUCUUUGAAUGGGUCUCUACUGCCGAAGGUUAUGGGCGAGUCACCAGCGGAGCAGUACUGGGAGAGAAGAGUUCUUCAUAUUAGUUCCGGCUUUGAGGAGAUUGGAAGUAUUCGUUGGGAUCUUCUUGGUUGUCUGGCUCUGGCCUGGGUACUGACUUUCCUCUGCAUUUGGAAAGGUGUCAAAACGACCGGAAAGAUCGUCUGGUUUACGGCUCUUAUUCCUUACGUCAUCCUUUUGAUUCUCCUCAUCAAUGGACUCCUCCUGGAAGGCUCAACGGCUGGUAUAAUUUAUUAUGUCACUCCAACCUUUGAUAAGCUGACGGAACCAACGGUAUGGGUAGAUGCAGCGACGCAGAUCUUCUUUUCGUACGGUGUUGGUAUUGGUUCUCUCAUCUCACUCGGUAGCUACAACCCCUACCGGAAUAACUGCUUGAUUGAUACUAUUGUCGUGGGUAUCGUUAAUGCGGGUACCAGUCUGUUCGCUGGUUUCGUCAUCUUUGCCAUUCUUGGCUACAUGGCAUUCAUACAAGAAGUAGACAUACAAGAUGUUGCUGAUGAAGGUCCUGGUUUGGCGUUUGUUGCGUAUCCCACGGCGGUGAAUACGAUGCCUGGAGCUCCAUUCUGGUCAAUCUUGUUCUUUGCUAUGUUAGUCAUGCUGGGAUUAGAUAGUCAGUUUUGCGUCGUAGAGGGCUUCAUUACGUCACUCAUGGAUGGUUUCCCAGAGUUCAGGCUGAGACAGAGACGCACCAUCUUCGUCAUCUCGAUUUGCGUCAUAGAUUUCUUCCUAGGGUUAUUGUGCAUAACCGAAGGUGGAAUGUACAUGUUCCAAUUGCUGGAUUCGUUUGCAGCGAGUGGUAUGCCUUUACUGUGGGUCGCAAGCUGGGAAUGUAUCACAAUAUCGUAUGGCUACGGUAUUAGGAAAUACUACAAUGACGUCAGCACUAUGUUAACCUUCACCCCAGGGUGGUUCUGGCCGUUCAGCUGGGCUAUCCUUACCCCUGUCGUCACAAUUGCAAUAUUUUUAUUCAGUCUGAUUGAUUAUUCCACUCCUAAAUACGGCGAGGAUUACUAUUUCCCAAUAUCCGGGGAGAUCUUGGGCUGGAUGAUGUCAAUAGCCUCUAUGCAGUGGGUCAUCACUUAUGCUGUGUACCUCUUUAUCGUUACGCCAGGAUCAUUCAAAGAGCGAAUUCAUUAUAUGGUAACUCCUCGAAUAUUCCCCAAAGAGAAAGAGAAUCCACUCCCAGUGGAAGAUGUGAGCGUCCACGGAAACUCAGACGUGUCGACAGACCGUACAUCGGAAGAUGUCAUCCCACCAACCUACAAGAAGACCGUUACAGAAGGCGCUGAGACCGAAAACUCCUACGACAAUAUCGCAUUCACGAAGGACAACGGCGAGGUUCGUGUGGACGUUGGUGUUGAAGAAGAGGUAGCCUCUUUGUAA